AUGUCUACCCCCAAGCCGCGAGCAACUUACUUUUCGAAUGGACAGGCCCUCGAACGCCCUCCGUUCACCGUCCGCGUCUCCCGUUUCUUCAACGAUGCCUACAGCUUCAUUGGCUUGUAUACCGUGAGCCUCUUCUCGCUCGACCCAUACGGCGCCGCCCAAAACUCCCAGUUUAACAUUCACCGACCAAGCACUAACUCCGGUCUACGUGGUCGGGGGCCCAGCUCUUACUUCGGUGGUGGAGGUGGUGGAGGCGGGGGUGACUCUGGUCCUGGUUACGAUUAUGGUUCCGGCUGUGGUGGUGGUGCUCGGCGCAUUGGGCGGGUGGACGAUGUACGAGGACCAGAAUGUGGCAGCUGUCGUUAA